UGCUUCCGGCUACGUGUCUCCCAGGAAGAAGGCCGGUUAGAGGUGCGGUGACAUGGCUCCUCCAGCUCCCGGCGCGGUUUCUGGCGGCUCUGGAGAGAUAGACGAGCUGUUCGACGUGAAGAACGCUUUCUACAUCGGCAGCUACCAGCAGUGCAUCAACGAGGCGCAGCGCGUGAAGCUGUCCAGUCCUGAGAGAGAAGUAGAGAGGGACGUUUUCCUGUACAGAGCGUACCUCGCACAGAGGAAGUACGGUGUGGUCCUGGACGAGAUCAAGCCCUCCUCAGCCCCAGAGCUCCAGGCUGUACGCAUGUUUGCUGAGUACCUUGCCAGUGAGAACCGGAGGGACAGCAUCGUGCUGGAGCUGGAUCGGGAGAUGAGUAGGAGUGUGGAUGUGACCAACACCACGUUCCUGCUCAUGGCUGCCUCCAUCUACCUCCACGACCAGAACCCGGAUGCAGCCCUGCGCACCCUGCACCAGGGCGAUGGCCUUGAGUGCAUGGCCAUGACGAUUCAGAUCCUCCUCAAGCUGGACAGGCCCGACCUAGCCCGGAAGGAGCUGAAGAGGAUGCAGGACCAUGACGAGGACGCCACCCUGACGCAGCUCGCCACUGCCUGGGUCAACCUGGCUGUGGGUGGUGAGAAGCUACAAGAAGCCUACUACAUAUUCCAGGAGCUGGCCGAUAAGUGCUCGCCCACACUGCUGCUGCUCAACGGCCAGGCAGCCUGCCACUCGGCACAGGGCCGCUGGGAGACUGCGGAGGGCGUGCUGCAAGAAGCACUGGACAAGGACAGUGGCCACCCUGAGACCCUCAUCAACCUCAUUGUACUGUCGCAGCACCUGGGCAAGCCCCCCGAGGUGACAAACCGAUACUUGUCACAGCUGAAGGAUGCACACAGGACCCACCCCUUCAUCAGGGAGUACCAGGCCAAGGAGAACGAUUUCGAUCGCCUGGCACUGCAGUACUCGCCCAGUGCCUGAAGUGGAGAUGCCCUGGCGACCCCAGUUGUGUGCCACUGGAUGCUGUCCUCCCUUUUUGUCUGUCAAUAAAGUCUGUCCAUCGUC